AUUCUGCAGUUGAAAUGAAUGGCUGAGAGAGGACCGCAGCGCCACUGAGAAUACCAAAAGAGUGCCCAAACCCACUUCAGAAAUCCACUCAAUUUUGACAAGCAAACCCAGAAAUUGCAUCUUUCUCUCUCGCACUUCAAUCUUCAAGGUAAGCCAUCAACCCCAACUCAAUUACAGUAACCAAACACCACUUGCUAUACUUCUUGUUUCUUCUCUUUUCAAGUGAGAUACUUUACCAGAAAAAAAAAAAAAAUAUUGCCAUGAGAGAAAAUGCUAUGCCUUCUUAUUUUUAAUGGGAUUUUCAGCCAUGGGUUUUUGUCUUGACUCGUAAAUUGUAUAGAAAAUGCAAGCUUUAAUCACUUUGCCAUCAAAGGGUGACCUUUGGGUGGUACCUCAAUUGGGCUUUGAACUAGAUUCUUCUUGUAGAAUUGGAACUAGAAGGAUAAGGAAAAGGAUGAGGGGUCUUGGUUUUCCUGUUUGCCAUAGUAGAAGUGCUGGUCUCUUAUUGCUUUCAAAUGAUGUAAGAGUUGUUAGGCGUGGGAGUUGCUGUGGGAGCCCAAAAUUGGAUUUGGGAUGUAGGUGCUCUAAACUUGCUCUCUUUUGUAUGCCAAAGAAAAGUCCUUUUGGUGCCUUGGUUGCGUUGGCAUGGGCAUUGGAGCAAGGAUCGGAUUUAGUUAAUGAGGUGUCAGGGGAAACUGAGAGAAAGGAUGGCGAUUUUCUUGUUUUGGGUGAAGCAGAUGAUAGUGAUGAUAAUGAUAAAGGAGGAGAUGGUGAUCCAGAAAGUGGGGACGAGAAGAGUACAAAGGUUGAUGUUCGUUCAGUAGCACGGAGCUUAAGAUUUGCGAGAACUGCAGAUGAUGUGGAAGAGGUUCUUAAGGACAAGGGUGAGUUGCCCCUUCAAGUAUAUUCAUCCAUGAUUAGAGGUUUUGGCAGAGACAAGAGAAUGAAUGCUGCAAAGGCUGUUGUUGAGUGGCUCAAGAAAAAGAAGCUUGAAACUAAUGGUUUGAUUGGCCCAAAUCUUUUCAUAUAUAAUAGUCUAUUGGGUGCAGUAAAACAGUCCCAAGAGUUUGGAGAAAUGGAGAAAGUCUUGAAUGAUAUGGCUCAGGAUGGGGUCCUUCCUAAUGUUGUAACUCACAACACUUUAAUGUCAAUCUACUUGGAGCAAGGACGAGCUACUGAGGCCCUUAAUAUUCUUGAAGAGAUCCAGAAAAAGGGCUUGACCCCUUCUCCAGUUUCCUAUUCUACGGCAUUGUUGGCUUAUCGAAAAAUGGAAGAUGGACAUGGAGCUCUAAGGUUAUUUAUUGGGUUCAGGGAAAAGUAUCAUAAAGGUGACAUAAGGAAAGAUGCCAAUGAAGAUUGGGAAAAUGAAUUUGUUAAGCUUGAGAAGUUUACAAUUCGUGUUUGCUACCAAGUGAUGCGGCGAUGGCUUGUGAAUAGUGAGAACUUGAGCACCAAUGUGUUGAAACUUCUCACAGAUAUGGAUAAUGCUGGCCUUCCAUUUGGUAAGGAAGAACACCAGCGUCUUUUGUGGGCUUGUACCCGUGAAGAUCAUUACAUUGUGGUGAAGGAAUUGUAUACUAGAAUAAGAGGAAGGCAUUCUGAAAUUAGCUUAUCUGUCUGUAACCACGCAAUUUGGUUGAUGGGAAAGGCUAAGAAAUGGUGGGCGGCUUUGGAGGUCUACGAGGAUUUAUUAGACAAGGGACCAAAACCAAAUAACAUGUCAUACGAGCUUAUAGUUUCUCACUUUAAUAUCCUUCUCAGUGCAGCUAAGAGAAGAGGUAUUUGGAGAUGGGGCAUUAGGCUGCUCAACAAGAUGGAAGAUAAAGGCCUUAAACCUGGAAGUAGGGAAUGGAAUGCUGUUCUUGUUGCCUGUUCCAAGGCUUCAGAAACUUCUGCUGCAGUGCAAGUAUUCAAGAGGAUGGUUGAGCAAGGUGAAAAACCUACAAUAAUCUCCUAUGGAGCCUUGCUUAGUGCACUGGAGAAGAAGAAACUCUACGACGAGGCCCGCCAGGUGUGGGAGCAUAUGAUCAAGGUGGGUGUUGAACCAAACUUGUAUGCCUACACAAUUAUGGCUUCCGUUUUCACUGGACAAGGAAAGUUUGAUUUGGUUGAUGCCAUCCUUAAGGAAAUGGUUUCAGCAGGUAUAGAACCAACAGUCGUGACAUACAAUGCAGUAAUCAGUGGCUGUGCACGCAAGGGAAUGAGCAGUGCAGUAGCAUAUGAAUGGUUUCAUCGCAUGAAAGUUCAGAGCAUCUCCCCAAAUGAGAUUAGUUAUGAAAUGCUGAUUGAGGCUCUUGCAAAGGAUGGGAAACCCAAGAUUGCCUACAAUUUAUAUUUGAGGGCUCAGAAUGAGGGCCUUAACCUCUCUUCGAAGGCUUAUGAUGCAGUCCUACAAUCCUCUCAGCUUCAUGAAGUAACUAUUGAUUUAAGUGCUUUAGGGCCUCGGCCUCCAGAUAAAAAGAAAAGACUGCAAAUUAGAGAAAGUUUGACAGAAUUCUGUAACUUGGCAGACGUUCCCAGGAGAAGUAAACCAUUUGACAGAAAGGAGGUUUACAUUUCACAAACAGAACGAAACCCAUGAGUGAUUUGUGACUAUAAACAACUAUGUGUAAGAGGAUUUUUUUUUCUUCAUAUUUUUGUACAUCAGGUUAUGGAGUUUAACUCUGAAACAACUCCUGUGUUGUUUGCUGCUUAAAAACAGACCCGAUUGUGUCUCUUAUGGGAAAUUUUUUAACACACGAGUAGCCAAUAAACAUAUUCAGAUAUGGAAAGCUAA